AUGCAACUGAUGUCAACAAUAGCAAAUAAUCUUUCAUCUCAAGUAAUUGAUAUUAAAAGGAAGAAAUUGAAGGUGGCUCAUAACUCCAAUGAUAUCAUAGUUGCACUUCCUCCAGAAAUUGCGGAGCUUAUACUUCAGAUGCUUGACAUUGUUGAUUAUCAUCGCUUUAGUGCAGUUUGCAAGACUUGGAGAUCCAUUGCAGUUGCUGCAAAGCAAAAACAACACUUCUCUUUGCAACAGCUUCCUUGGCUGAUGCUUUCUUCUAACAACAGUUCAGAGGAUGAUGAUCAUGGAUUUUUCAGUCCUGCCCAUGGAAAAAUUUUGAAGCUGAAGCUGCCCAAGGUCCGUGGCUGUAGGUGUUGUGGUUCCUCCUGGGGGUGGUUGAUAAUGGCAAAUGAUAUUGGAGACAACUUCCUUUUGAACCCACUUUCGAGGCUUAAUAUCCAGCUUCCAUCCCAGACUACACUUUCUCGUUUUUGUAGUCCUAUCCAUGAUCUGGAGCGUUGGUUUCAGGGUGCAUCAUACAUCCGCAAGGCCAUGUUACUAACGCCCCCUUCUAUUAGCUCUACUGCUUCCACUACGAGUUGUAAUGGUGUAGAUUAUGUGGCUUCCAAUUGUAUUGUUGUGGCUAUUUAUGAAGUGAGGAACUUGGGCUUUUGUAGACCAGGGGAUCAUGCUUGGACUCGUUUUUCGACCGGGAAUGUAGAAUUUCAUUUUCAAGAUAUGAUAUUGUUCAAAGAUCAGUUGUAUGCGGUUACUGAUGAUUAUAAUCUUGUGCUCAUUGAGUUGGAUCCGCAUCCAAAGGGUACAAAAGUGGACAUGCCUUGCCCUGAAAGCCAUGAUCGCAUGUUAAAGUUACAGGCGGAUGUUGAGUUAAUUUAUUUGGUGGAAUCUUGUGGGGAGCUCUUGAUGGUAGUGAGACACUGCAAUUUUCCUAGAAGAAAUGGUAAUGUCAGGUUACGGACUUUUAAUCCUUAUAUCACUACGACAUUUAAGGUGUUCAAGUUACGUUCAAGAGGUUGGUGGCGUUGGAUUGAAGUUGACAGCUUAGGUGAUCAGAUGCUAUUUGUAGGCACCAAUGGUGGCAUCUCCCUCUCUGCUAGCCUCUUCUCAGGAUUUAGGGGAAACUGCAUUUAUUUCACUGAUGACAAUUAUUGGAGUGUGCUAUUAACAUAUGAUGGUCCAGGAGCUGCUUGUGAUUUGGGUAUGUUCAACUUAGAUGAUGGGAGUAUUAAGUCUUUCUUACCAACCGACUCCCAUUCAUCUGUGUCUCCUCCUGUGUGGUACAUGCCGAGUCUAUUGUAG